AUGGCAGCAGCAGGGCAAGCAUUCCGAAUCUGCGCACGCAGUUGUCGCCGGAUAUCAACGGCACCGCGCAUCGCCGUCGCCGUCCCCCGAGCGUCGACACGGCAAUUCGCCCAAACGCAACGACGAACAUUUGCCGCGAGCUCCACGAAACGGGCACCGCCGAACGAUGAGGCAGCCGAGGAGCGUGUAACUCGCGCACCGCACGAUACUAUCGAGGAUAUGAUACAGCGCCUCAAGCCCGAGGAGCUCAAGGCGCUUGAGAGCCUUAAAAAGCUCGACCCGUCGGCCCAGCAGAUGUCCGUUGAGCAGUUCCUAGAGAAAGAGAUGAGGCAGGACGAAGAGGAUUACAAGAAGCCGUACACUCCGCAAGAGUGGAAGCAGUUGACGAUGAGGCCACGUCUGAACAAGUCGUCCUUCUGGUACGACGAGGACGACCCAACGGCCCCGACAGACGAGGCGGCGGAUGAGUUUGACGAGAACGAUAUGACGCCCAUGGCACACGGAAAGUUGGACGAGAUCAGAGAGCACAGACACUACCACCGCAUCAUGGCUUGGGAGAUGCCGCUGCUGUCCAAGCUUGCCAAGCCCUUUGAGCCGCCCCAGGAGGACCAAGUGCUGCGUUUCCGAUACACGACGUACAUGGGCGAGUACCACCCGGCGGAGAGGAAGGUGGUGGUGCAGUUCUCGCCGGCCGACCUCAAGCUCUCGCCCGUGGAGGCGGACAAGCUCCGGAAGCUGGCCGGCCCGCGAUACAACCCGGAGACGGACAUCAUCAAGAUGAGCUCCGACAAGUACGAGCACCAGGCGCAGAACAAGCGCUACCUUUCGGACUUGGUGGACAAGCUGAUCGCGACUGCCAAGGAUCCCAAGGACACGUUCCAGGACAUCCCCCUCGACACGCGUCACCACGAGUUCAAGAGCAAGCCCAAGUUCCCCAAGGAGUGGCGCAUGACGGAGGAGCGCCGCGAGGAGCUCAACGCGUUCCGCACGCGGUCGCUCGAGAUCGACGCGGGCAAGCAGGAGGACGGCCGGGUCGUCGACGGCGCCGCGAAGAUCGACGAGGCCCUCGCGAUAUCAGAGGCCAAGGCGAGCGAGGAGGCGGCUCAGCUGGUAAGCGUCCGGGGUCGGGGCAAGGCCAAGCAGAAGAGCGCCCGCCGGUAA